GACAGCUGUUAUUGUAAUUACUAUUCUAUCAAUGAGACAAAAUGAAAAUAAUCUUAUACUUAUUUAAAAAUUUAUAAGUCUUGAAUUAAAAAGUAAUAAUGUCUGGUUUUUUUAAAAGAAUCAUAAUUUUAUUCUUUGGUGUCGUAUUUACUAUUAUUUAUUGCGAAUAUCUUAUAUAUUAUAUAGUUAUAACACAGUGCGGUUGGCAAUAUUUGGGUAAAACUCAAGAAAACUCAAAUCUAGUGAAAACAUUAAUAUUGACCGACACUCAUUUACCUGGCCAUCGUAAAAGUUUUUGGCCAGACCGAUGGAGACGUGGGUGGCAAAUGCAUCAGUCAUUUAAAACUAUAAUUAAAUUACAUAAACCGGACCUCAUUUUCAUUCUAGGUGAUAUUUUUGAUGAAGGAGAGUUGAGCAGUGAUGAAUAUUUCAGUGAAUAUGUUAUUCGAUUUUACAACACAUUUAUGGUUCCUGAAAAUAUACAAAUGCACAUUAUUGUUGGUAAUCAUGAUAUAGGAUUUCACAAUAAAACCACCAAAUUGAUGAAUUCUCCACCUGUACAAUUUCUUACUAUAAAAAACAAUCACUUUGUUCUUAUCAACUCAAUGGCUCUGGAGGGAGAUACUUGUAAACUUUGUACAGAAGCUAGACAAACUAUUAAUAAUAUUUCAGAAAUAUUGAAAUGUUCUGAAUUUCCUGAUCAGUGCAAUAAUGAUAUUGAUGUACAAAACUACAGUAGACCUAUAUUAUUGCAGCAUUUCCCUUUAUACAGGUUAUCAGAUGGAAUUUGCACAGAACCUGAUGCACCUCCUUUAUCAGAUAAAUAUACACCAUUUAGAUUGAAAAUUGAUGCAUUAUCUAAAGAAGCAACAGAAGAUCUUGUUAUCAAGUUAAAACCCAGAGUAGCAUUUGAUGGGCAUACACACUAUGGAUGUUUAGAGCAUCAUUCAUACAACAUUAAUAAUGAAAAUGUUGAUUUCUUUGAAUAUACUGUGCCAUCAUUUUCAUGGAGAAAUAUUGUAGAACCAAAAUAUAUGCUGGUAACAAUUACGCCGAAUACGUAUGCCGUGAAUAAAUGCAGUCUGCCACGAGAGACCACAAUAAUUAUUACAGCCGUAAUUUUAUUCUCGCUCACAUUUCUAUGUGCGUAUCGCUACAAAGUACUUUGCAGGAAUUCAGGUCAAAUGAAAAAGUAUAGUCUUGUAAAUUAAUCUCAUGGUUAUAUUUGAAAAUAAAUAUUUUGACAAGAUCGA